AUGCCUCGAACCAUUCGAAAGUUGCCCAAAGAGUGAGGAAUUUUGGACAUCAUGGAUUAUAUUAUUGUUCAUACUAUUUUCAGGGUUUUGUUUUGCCAUGUAUUGGAGGUUUUGUGUGCUACAACUGGCGAUAUCUGUCUUUUUCGUUUCUUUUUGGGCUGGUCUUGGGUGUUCAGUUUGUUAUAGUAAUAUUUUUGGUUUUUUAGGUAUUAGAGUAUUGAUUUACAUGUUUUUGGCUUGUAAAGAAACUCUUUUUGUAAAGGAAAACAGUUUUUUAAAUUUAAAUACGGUUUAAGAUGGUGUAAUACAUGUUUUUGCUUAGUAUAAAACUAUUUUUAUAAAUUAUUAAUUUUGGGUACCUAAAUUUUAUUACUAUUUGAACUUUAUAGUUGUUUACAAAGCUGAUUAAACGGUUGAUAGCUUGAGUACCCAAAUUGUGAAACUUUUCACAUAUAUUUAUUUUAAAGGUCGUUUUGUCUUUGUUAUUGAUAUUGUUUUGUUACCUAAAUUAACUGGUUUUGAUUUUUGUGUUUUCAGAUGGGAGAAGUACGAGCCGAUUGGGAAGGUAGUAGAAGGAACAAGGCUUUUUGCCUUUAAGACACCGUUAUGCCAUGAAUUAUGUUGCAAAUACAGGAAAUCAAAGCGAUUUACGGUUGGAGACUUUUACCGACAGGUAAUUUUUUAAAAUUAUUUUUUGUAACUUUAGGUUCAUCACCUGCUUAAAAGGCAUUUUCUUUUAUAUAGAACUGGUUUCACAAGUCAUUUUAAAUUUAAACGAUGUUAUUUUAGAAUUUGUUUGCUGGACGUGAUGUUGGUUUAGUGAUAAACGCAACAAACACAGCCAGAUAUUAUGAAGGUAGUGAGGUAGAAAUACUCGGUAUUGAAUACUACAAGCUGCCAAUUCACGGAAGGAGUUUUGUUGAAAGUGAUUCCGUGGUAAAGUCAUUUAUGAGGACGGUUGACGACUUUUUGGAACGAAAUAAGGAUAACAGUGAGUUAAACUUUAAAUUUGUGUUUUGCCAUCUUGUUGUGCUUUGUAAAAAGCUGUCUUUACGUUUAAAAUGACAUAAUUAGAGUACUACUGCUUAUCAGAUGUUUCGUAUACUAGUUUCUGGAUGUUUUCAGGUAGUUUGAUUGGUGUUCAUUGUACUGAUGGAGUGAACAGGUCUGGAUAUCUAAUAUGUCGUUACCUGAUUGACCGAUUAAGUCUGAGUUCACAUGAAGCUCUGAACCGUAAGUUCUUGAGCUUUCAUUAAACAAUUAUUGUCAAUUUAGUUGUCGAAACCGCUCGAGGAUACACGAUAGAACGAGGAGCGUUGAUUCAAGCUGCGCACAGAGCUGAUAGAGAACGACGGUUAAGGAAGUAAGUUCUUAUAGCUCUAAAAUUUUUUUUAAACUGAGUUUCAGACUUGUUUUGUUACCUAAAUUAGUGUUUUUUUUUAAAUUAACAAUAAUGAAAUUAAUUUUUUUAGAAAACGGCCGAUAGAAAGCGACGACGAAGAUGAUGAUAGAGAUAAACGAAAGAAGAAGAAGCGACAGGCUUUAAAAGAGAAUGUCAUGGAUGAUUCGACAGAACAGAUUGACCACGAUACCCUACAAGAAUUAAUGCAGCUAGAACAAUCUCUGAAUAGUCAAGCUCCAGAACCUCAAGCUUCUGGAAAUGAAUUCCCACAUCAGUAUUUCGAAGAAAAGAAUCAACAACGAGUUCAGUCUUCUCAGUAUCAGCUUCAUCAACAGUAUCACAAGUUCGUCAACGACCAGUCAGAAGCCAGCAGUCCGUUUGUCGAAGGAUCACCGUUGGAUGAAGAGGAGUUUGAGGAAGAGAUCGAUGUUAAGAUUGUAAGUUUGUUUAUUGUAUGGAAAACAAAUUGUUGUGUCAAAAUUUUUAAAAUUUAGGUAUAAAACUGUAUUAUAUAUAAUUUUGUAACCUUUGGAUAGAAAGCAUAGUAUAGUAACGUGUUUCAUUGCAGGAUAUGACAAAACUUGGCAAAAUAGAUAUGGUAGAAAUGUCGACAGCUCAGAGACGGCGUCAGCGAAGGAAAAAGCUCGAGACCAAGUUCGAAAAGAUGAAACGAGGAAAGUUCUGGGAGAUAAACGAAAUGCAAAAGUAA